AUGGAAUUAUCUCAAUUCACCAUAAGUGCUUACUCUUACAAGGUUCCAUGUGCUUACCAAUUUGACAGUAACUAUGCGGGUUUAUAUAUCGUUCAGAUGGGGGGUGGUACUGUAGUGUUGGUAACAGCUACUGCGCCUACACACGGAGAUCCUCUAACGAUGGUGGCAAGAUUUCGGAGGAACAUGAAGAAGAGAGGGUACUUCAGUGCCUGCCAUGGCCAUAUCGAAAAACUCGGGAAACAUGCAGGAGGUAAAGGAAACGCCAGCAAGAUGCACCAUCACAGAAUCCCCUUUGGCAAAACCAUCCUGCUUAUUUCGGAAAAGUGA